AUGGGCACAGGUGCUCCCUGUGUGGAUCUGGCGGGCACAGGUGCUCCCUCUGUGGAUCUGGCAGGCACAGGUGCUCCCUCUGUGGAUCUGGCGGGCACAGGUGCUUCCUGUGUUGAUCUGGCGGGCAAAGGUGCUUCCUGUGUUGAUCUGGCGGGCACAGGUGCUUCCUGUGUUGAUCUGGCGGGCACAGGUGCUCUCUGUGUGGAUCUGGUGGGCACAGGUGCUUCCUGUGUGAAUCUGGCGGGCACAGGUGCUCUCUGUGUUGAUCUGGCGGGCACGGGUGCUCCCUGUGUUGAUCUGGCGGGCACAGGUGCUUCCCGUGUUGAUCUGGCGGGCACAGGUGCUUCCCGUGUUGAUCUGGCGGGCACAGGUGCUUCCCGUGUUGAUCUGGCGGGCACAGGUGCUUCCCGGGUUGAUCUGGCAGGCACAGGUGCUCUCUGUGUGGAUCUGGCGGGCACAGGUGCUUCCCGUGUGGCUCUGGCAGGCACAGGUGCUCUCUGUGUGGAUCUGGCGGGCACAGGUAUGGGGUCCGAAACCUCCAUUAUCGCCCACCACCGUCCCGCAGCAAGGGCCGUAGUAAGCUCAUCUGAGUACUCAGUAGAUGAUGACUGCUCUGCACUCUCAAAAAUGGUGGGCAUGGUUGACAAACUCAUAUCGAUUUUGAGUGAUUGUGAAAUCACAGAGAAAGAUUGUGCUGCUCUGACUUCAGCUCUGAGAUCAAACCCCUCACAACUGAGAGAACUGAAUCUAGAUAAUAGAAACCUACGAGAUCCGGGUGUGAAGCUUCUCUCUGUUGUACUGGAGGAUCCUGACUGUAAACUGGAGAAACUCUGGUUGAGGGAUUGUGGAGUCACAGAUGAAGGUUUUGCUGCUCUGACUUCAGCUCUGAGAUCAAACCCCUCACACCUGAGACUACUGGAUCUGUCUGGGAAUAAACUAGGAGAUUCAGUUCCUCUGCUCUCUGCUGUACUGGAGGAUCCUCACUGUAAACUGGAGAAUCUGUGGUUGAGUUAUUGUGGAGUCACAGAUGAAGGUUUUGCUGCUCUGACUUCAGCUCUGAGAUCAAACCCCUCACACCUGAGACUACUGGAUCUGACUGGGAAUAAACUAGGAGAUUCAGUUCCUCUGCUCUCUGCUGUACUGGAGGAUCCUCACUGUAAACUGGAGAAUCUGUGGUUGAGGUAUUGUGGAGUCACAGAUGAAGGUUUUGCUGCUCUGACUUCAGCUCUGAGAUCAAACCCCUCACACCUGAGACUACUGGAUCUGUCUGGGAAUAAACUAGGAGAUUCAGUUCCUCUGCUCUCUGCUGUACUGGAGGAUCCUCACUGUAAACUGGAGAAUCUGAGGUUGAGGUAUUGUGGAGUCACAGAUGAAGGUUUUGCUGCUCUGACUUCAGCUCUGAGAUCAAACCCCUCACACCUGAGACUACUGGAUCUGACUGGGAAUAAACUAGGAGAUUCAGUUCCUCUGCUCUCUGCUGUACUGGAGGAUCCUCACUGUAAACUGGAGAAACUGUGGUUGAGGGAUUGUGGAGUCACAGAUGAAGAUUGUGCUGCUCUGACUUCAGCUCUGAGAUCAAACCCCUCACAACUGAGAGAACUGAAUCUAGAUAAUAGAAACCUACGAGAUCCGGGUGUGAAGCUUCUCUCUGUUGUACUGGAGGAUCCUGACUGUAAACUGGAGAAACUCUGGUUGAGGUAUUGUGGAGUCACAGAUGAAGGUUUUGCUGCUCUGACUUCAGCUCUGAGAUCAAACCCCUCACACCUGAGACUACUGGAUCUGUCUGUGAAUAAACUAGGAGAUUCAGUUCCUCUGCUCUCUGCUGUACUGGAGGAUCCUCACUGUAAACUGGAGAAUCUGGGGUUGAGUUAUUGUGGAGUCACAGAUGAAGGUUUUGCUGCUCUGACUUCAGCUCUGAGAUCAAACCCCUCACACCUGAGACUACUGGAUCUGUCUGUGAAUAAACUAGGAGAUUCAGUUCCUCUGCUCUCUGCUGUACUGGAGGAUCCUCACUGUAAACUGGAGAAACUGUGGUUGAGGUAUUGUGGAGUCACAGAUGAAGGUUUUGCUGCUCUGACUUCAGCUCUGAGAUCAAACCCCUCACACCUGAGAGAACUGGAUCUGACUGGGAAUAAACUAGGAGAUUCAGACAUGAAGCUUCUCUCUGAUCUAAAGAAUGAUCCACAUUAUAAACUGGAGACACUAUAUUGUAAGUGGAUUAUUUACUACAGAUUACAAAACACGGUAAUUUGUAACAUUUUUCGUUAGAUUACACAAGCUUUGUAACCUAAUCUAAAUAAUUUAGAAUACUUUGGAAUACUAAUAAGGUUUGUAACACACAGGGUCCACCAAACA